AGAAAUGGAACCGGAAGUGAAACUGGGCUGCUACUGCUAGGCUGAGCACCGCAGAUUGCUUUGACUUAUACGAUGAUUUUGCUAUAGUGCGUUAUUGCUAAAAAAAAAGAAUCAUUUGUCACUACUGGGACUAUGAAUGGAUACAAUGGGGUAAUGUGGACAUUUCUCUCCCUCAUCGGGUGUGACUUUUAAAGGUGGGGCGUCGUCAUGAACUACUACUCUGGGAGGCUAUGAUAACAGCUAACCACAGCCAGCUAACCAAAGAAAGCUUCAGUGAUGUUUGCCUCAACAAGCUUACGAGUACUGGCACCGUUCCUGCCUUGAGGCAGAGAGAAUAAGCAAGAAAAGGAGAUGGAAAAGAUGACUGCUCUUCACUUGUCAUCAGCCACUACUUUAAUACUCUCACAGAGAGAGAUUGAAAGGAAGUAAAAGGGAUCCUCUGGCAUACAGGCAAGAGAGUGAGAAAAAGAGAAAUCAUCCAAAGCUAUAAAUCACACUUUAUAAAGCAGAAGAAAUGGCUUUUUUGGACAAUCCAGCCAUCAUUCUGGCCCACAUCAGACAGUCUCAUGUGACCAGUGAUGAUACAGGAAUGUGUGAGAUGGUACUAAUAGACCAGGAUGUGGAUCUGGAGAAGUGCCAGCUGGCUCUGGUGCCUGGCAGCAGCUGUGGAUCAACAGGGUCGGGGUCCUUGAGCGAGGGGGGCAGCAGUGUGACAGACAGUCAUGCCUGUGAUCUCUCCCAGUCCAUGGAUAUCACCUCCAGCUGGGACUUUGGCAUCCGGCGGCGCUCCAACACGGGACUCCAACAAGACAGCCGUGAGAAACCAGGGGCUGCUGCCCAAAGACUUGAACGGUUAAGGAAAGAACGGCAGAACCAAAUAAAAUGUAAAAACAUUCAGUGGAAAGAGAGGACAUCCUCCCAAUCAGUGGAGGAUCUGGGGUCCUUGUUUGAAAAACGGGACUUUAAAGACAGGCCGCGGACAACUGGUACCAAAUCCACCCUUUCACUGCGGCUGGAGCAGUGUCCACAGCAGCUCAACAAUCCCUUCAAUGAAUACUCCAAAUUUGAUGGCAAGGGCCACAUUGGCACAACUGCUACAAAAAAGAUAGAUGUCUACCUCUCAAUGCAGAUGGCUCAGGAGAAAGUACAUCCAAUGACAGUGGUGACCAUCGCCAAUGCCCGCGUCCAAGACCUCAUCGGUCUCAUCUGUUGGCAGUACACAAGUGAGGGACGAGAACCCAAACUCAAUGAGAAUGUGAACGCCUACUGCCUCCACAUUGCUGAAGAUGAUGGCGAGGUGGACACUGACUUCCCUCCACUGGACUCCAAUGAGCCAAUCCACAAGUUUGGUUUCAGCACUCUAGCCUUGGUGGAAAAAUACUCCUCACCUGGCCUAGCUUCCAGACAGUCGCUGUUUGUCAGAAUAAAUGCUGCUCAUGGUUUCUCCCUAAUCCCCGUGGACAGUCUGAAGGUAACCAUGAAGGAAAUUCUCCAGAAAGCACUCAAGAAGAGGAAAGGCUCACAGAAAGGCUCAGGGCCCAUGUAUCGUCUGGAGAAGCAGACAGAGCCGAACGUCGCAGUAGACCUGGACUCAACACUGGAGAGCCAGAGCACCCUGGAGUUUUGCCUGGUCAGAGAAAACAGCUCCAGGGGCGAGGAGAGCUCAGAGGAAGACCCUCCUAUUGACAUCACCACAGUCCAAGACAUGUUGAGCAGUCACCACUAUAAGUCCUUCAAGAUCAGUAUGAUCCACAAGCUGCGCUUCACCACGGAUGUCCAGCUAGGCAUUUCAGGAGAGAAAGUGGAGAUCGAUCCUGUCACCAAUCAGAAGGCCAGUACUAAGUUCUGGAUUCGACAGAAACCCAUCUCUAUCGACUCGGACCACCUCUGUGCCUGUGACCUUGUAGAGGAGAGAAGCCCCAGUCAUGCAAUAUUUAAGCUCACUUAUCUCAGCAACCAUGAUUACAAGCCUCUCUACUUUGAGUCGGAUGCUGCAACUGUCAAUGAAAUAGUGCUAAAGGUGAACUAUAUCCUGGAGUCCCGAGCCAGCACCUCUCGGGCUGAUUACUUUGCCCAGAAGCAGCGGAAACUGAGCCGCCGGACCAGCUUCAGUUUCCAGAAGGAGAAGAAGACUGGCCAGUAGACAGACUGAGGCUGCUCAGCCUCAUGUCUGUCUGUAUGUGCACAGACAGAUGCAUAAACGAGGCCUGACAGUCUCAGCAUCAGGGUAAACAGCAGUGGAGACUGACAGGAAAGUCAGGCAAAAAACGGACCAGGAAGAUGUGUCUAUGCUUCAGCUGCGCGAGGUGCAAGCCUGUGAAACUCCAAGAGCAAAGAGAGUCCACAAGCCAAAACAAACUCAUUAUUCUUUUUCUUAAAAAAAAAGAAAAAAAAAAGAAAAAGACUUUAAAAAACGAAUUUUGGGACAGACUUUUGGCAUCAAUCAAAGCUACAUGCUAAAUCUUUGCUUCUGUCCUCCAUCAUAAGAGAUUUAACAACAUGAAAAGAAAACCUUCACAUUUUUAUGUACUGUGCAUAGGCAUUUUACAUUCAAGAAAUUAAAUAAUGAUGAUAUAGAAAUUAAAUAGCCCAGUCUGGAUUUUUAAAAACAGAUCAAUACCCUUCAUUUGCCAGUUUAAGUACACCUAGCUAAAACAAAUUCAAUCUAAUACAACAGUUCUGCAGUAAAUUAUACCUUUUAUGAAGGUUUCAAUUAUCAGUUUUUGUUGAAGCUGUUUUAGAGAGGUUUUGAUUCACACCACUUUGUAUAAUGCAAUACAAUUCAACAACACCACAAACCGUUUCAACAAAAACUAAACAUUAUAACCUUAAUGAAGGUAGGAUUAAUUGCAGGACUGUUGUAUUAGAUUGCAUUAGGUGUACCCAAUACAUUUUGGAGGGCACAUAGCACAUUAUUACGAUACAUAUGAAAGCUUUGACAAGAUAGCAACUGCUAAGAGAAAUGGAAAAAAUUGUCUUAGUGGAUAAAUCAUCACCCAGCACACAGGGAGGUCAUACUUAUAUGACAUUUGAAUGCCUUGGUUAUAUGCUGUCUUUGUCCUUUGUCCCUGCUCAUAGCUAUACUCUUUCUCAUUCAACAGUGACUGUAGAAAACAUGGCUGUAUCAUCAGUGUCAUCACUCACUGAAAUGAGGCUCUGAGUUUUGGUUCACACCUUGCCACCAUUUUGAAGCUAAAUAAUUCACAUUUGGGCAUUGAAAAACACUGCCAGCCAGUGUAACAUGUAAGUAAACAAUGCAGUUGUGGAAAUA